CAGCAAGAUUCGCUCAGAAACGAAUAAAAAAUGACCAACAUUUUGGAUCAAAUGGACCCGGAAUUAUUCCGCACGUACGCAUUCUGGAGUGUGAUAUUGGUGCUGAAAAUGGUGCUCAUGACCCUGCUGACAACUUUAAAUCGGUUCAGGAAGAUGGCAUUCUGCAAUCCCGAAGACACUGCGUCUAUAAGCCGCAAACUGAAACCGAAAUUUGACGACCCGGACGUUGAACGAGUACGCAGAGCCCACCGCAACGACCUGGAAAACAUUCUGCCCUUUUUCGUGGUGGCAUUCCUCUAUCUGCUCACCAAUCCGGAUCCCUGGUUGGCCACGAACCUGAUCCGUGCAGCGGUCAUCGGUCGAAUCGUCCACAGCCUAGUCUACGCAGUGCUGCCCCUACCGCAACCGGCGCGUUUCCUCAGCUUCGGCGUAAUGAUGUUGGUGACUUUGUUCAUGAUCUUCAAGUGCAUUAUUUAUUUUAUAUAAUGAAAGUUUUCUGUUUUCAUUUGCAUUAAACUAGUUUGAUU